CCCAUUUAACACACACCGACGACGGUCACGUGGGCACGUGCCUGCCUCACAGGCUUUUCAAAACAAAGCAAGGGUAGAAUCGUCAUUUCACGCUUCCUCGAUGAGCGACAAUUAUAACGUUCACCUUGAUGUUCACCGUUUUCCUACCUCUACCGGUGCCACUUUGUGUGUGAGAGAGAGAGGGAGAGGAAGAGGGAGAGGGAGAGAAGAGAGAGAGAGGGAAGGGAGGAGAAGUUUGGAGCUGCUGGUUCAUGAAGUUCGAGGAAGCUCAUGCUCAUCGAGUAAUUGGUACCUUUUAGCUUGAGGUUACCGGACGAAAAUAUGUGUUCAGCUGGUUCGAUGAUCCAUACGAGAUGAAUUUCUGCGAGUGCUGUGAAAACUAGCUUUGCAGAGGCAUAUGUUGCUAUAUUUGACGCGUAGUUGUUGGAAUUUUGUUUUGGCUGGUUACUGUUGGUUCGAUUUUGUAAUGAUGUCGGUCACCAGAUCGUGCAUUUGAUUGAGGAUCUUGUAAAUUUUGAUUUUGAGCUGUAGAAAUUAUGUAUAUUAGCUGUAUGGAUUUCUAACGAUUCCGAUCUGAUUGUAGCCUUGCAGGACAAGAAGCGUCACUGGAAUUUAAGUGCAAACCCUAAUCUACAUCUCGGUUCAAUUGGAAGCAUCUCUAACUGGUUUUACAUAUCCAAUGUAACAGAGUGGAUCUAAGUGAAAGGAAAGGAGGUAACAAAUGGGGUCAAUUGGUGCUGAAGAAAUGGCGAACAGUGAGAAGCUGCCAGGUAUAAUUGGUGAAGGAGAAGAGAAAAUUUUGGUUUUGGUAAGGUUAAGGCCUUUGAAUGAAAAGGAGAUUGCAAAGAACGAGGUUUCAGAUUGGGAGUGCAUUAAUUCAGCCACCAUUUUGUACCGGAACAGCCUCCAAGAGCGGUCUGGUCUUCCCACCGCUUAUACAUUUGACAGAGUAUUUAGGGGUGACUGCAAAACAAGGGAAGUUUAUGAUGAAGGAAUAAAGGACAUUGCUCUUUCUGUUGUCGGGGGCAUAAACUCUACUAUUUUUGCAUAUGGUCAGACAAGCAGCGGAAAAACAUACACUAUGAAUGGUAUCACCGAGUAUGCGGUGGCAGAUAUUUAUGCUUACAUGCAAAGGCAUGAAGAAAGAGCUUUUGUUUUGAAGUUUUCUGCAAUUGAGAUUUAUAAUGAAGUUAUUAGAGACCUCCUUAGUACAGAUAGUAGUACUCAACUACGGCUACUUGAUGAUCCAGAAAAAGGAACUAUUAUUGAGAAACUCACAGAAGAAACUUUGAGGGACUGGAAUCACCUCAGGGAGUUGUUAUCUAUCUGCGAAGGAAGUGAACGAGCAUCUCAAGCAUUAUCCGUGGGGCAGAGGCUCAAAGAAGGCUGCCAUAUAAACCGUAGUUUAUUAACUCUGGGCACUGUCAUUCGCAAACUCAGCAAAGGAAGACAGGGGCAUGUCAAUUACAGAGACUCAAAGCUUACACGUAUACUGCAGCCUGCCUUGGGAGGCAAUGCGAGAACAGCAAUCAUCUGCACCUUGAGCCCUGCCAGAAGCCAUGUCGAGCAAUCGAGAAAUACACUUUUAUUUGCUAGCUGUGCAAAGGAGGUAUCGACAAAUGCAAAGGUCAAUGUGGUGAUGUCUGAUAAGGCAUUAGUGAAACAUCUACAGAAAGAGCUUGCACGGUUGGAAAGUGAGUUAAAAACUCCAGGAUCAAUCUGCGACCAUGGACCUUUGUUAAGAAAGAAAGAUAUGCAAAUAGAAAAGUUGGAGAAAGAGAUUAAGGAACUGAAAAAGCAACGAGAUUUGGCUCAUUCUCGAAUUGAUGAUUUACUUAGAGCUAUUGAAAGUGAAAAAACUUCCCAAAAAUUGGACGAAUCUCGGUCUGUCAAUGGAGGCUUCAGGCGCAACGGAAAAUCAGACCUUACGCAUUCAGAAAACAGUGAAGAUUCUUACUCAUCAGAAGAUAUAUCAGAUCCAAGCCAAGAAGUUGAAGGACCACUUGCAGAAGAUUCUGAUGAAAUAUGCAAGGAUGUUGUGUGUAUCGAGACUGAUGAAUCUGAUCACAACAGAACAUUUGAGUCAUUACGCGAGUCGGUUAGCGAGAGUGAAACUAACAUGCCAACAUAUUCCGAGUCUCCAAGUGGCCAGAUCAUGGCUUCACCUGGACACAUUAGUGGCACUGAUAAUAAUUACUCUUACAGUGCUUUGGAGCAGAACAUGCGAGGUGUGCAGAAGAGUAUAGAUUCUCUUUUAAGACCUCAGCCUGAUUCAUUUUCUCCUAGUGCAUCAUCAACUAGUGGGACGUAUUCUGGGAGCUUAAAGUUGGCUAGAAGCAGAAGCUGCAGAGCUGGUUUGAUUUCUGUUUCGUCUGACUUUGAGACGGCUGGAGAAAAUGAAAGCACGCCUCCAACUGUAUUGGAGGCAGAUUUUACUGGAAGAUUGGAAGGCGUUUUUCAGAGAAAGCAAUGGAAGAUUCCUCCAGUGAUGUACGGAGCAAAUAGUGGGAAGCUGUCCGUAAACGAUUCGGAGUCCUCCGAUUAUAGUAGUUUUGUUGAUGAAAUAAAGAAUGAAAGCACUAUCAAUGGUGAUGAGGAUAUUCCCACUCUUGGUUCUUUUGUCGCAGGGCUCAGGGAGAUGGCUAAGCUUCAAUAUGAAAAUCAAAAUGGUCAUCAGGUUCCGACAGAGAAUACAAGUGAAAACAGUGCUAGAGAACUUGCUUUGGAUUCACCGCUGAAGUUUGAGAAGUUGCAGAAAUCGAUAAUUGAGCUUUGGCAAGCUUGCAAUGUGUCACUGGUACACAGAACAUAUUUCAUCCUCCUUAUUAAGGAUGACUCGGCAGAUUCCAUUUACAUGGAGGUUGAACAUAGGAGAUUAUCCUUUCUCAAGGAAACAUUUUCAAGGGGUAGUUCAGUUGUACAAGCUGGCCGUACUCUUACUCUGGCGUCAAGCAAGAAAGCCCUUCGUAAGGAGAGAGAAACACUGAGUAGGCUAAUCAACAAAAGAUACACAGAAGAUGAAAGAGACAAAAUUUACUACGAGUGGGGCAUCAGCUUGACCUCGAAGCAAAGAAGGUUGCAACUGGUCAACCUUUUAUGGACCAACACGGAGAAUAUGGAUAACGUAAAUAAAAGUGCCGCUAUUGUUGCUAAGCUCAUUGGUUUUUCGGAGCACGGUCGAGCAGUCAAUGAGAUGCUUGGAUUUAGCUUCAUGCCUCCGCGCAUCCGAAGAUCGUUUGGCUGGAAAAAAAAUAGUAUGAUCUCCGUGUAAUGGUCGGUUGAUGGGAUUUUAUCAUUUUUAUUUAUAUCAGAUGAGUUUUUGGAUUAUGGCGAUGAAAAGUUCUGUUUUGUAUUUUCUGCUGUUUGGAAAAAAAAGGUAGUGUUAGGAAUGGUAAACCUUCUGGUUUCAGGUUUAUGUAAUGGGAUUGUUAUUAGUUGCUUCAGAUUUUUCUCCACUGAAUACUCUAGUUUUGAAUUAUUGAUGAUUUUCACUAUAAUUCCGGGUGAGAAAUUAUGUUUAUUGGCUCGAUUUCUUUUGCACCAAUGGGAUUGUUGUUAGACGGUGUAACUUGUAACUAGUGACCCAUACUUCUCCAAAGC